AUGGAGCUGUCCCAGCUACUCAAUGAGAUCAGGGCAAACUAUGAACAGCUCCUCACCAGAAAUCAGAUAGAGACCGUGCUCUCAACAAGGAUCCAGCUGGAAGAAGAUCUGAGCAAAAAGAUGGACAAAGAUGAAGAGGCUUUAAGGGCAGCUCAAGCAGAACUCAAGGAAGCCCGGCGCCAAUGGCACCACCUGCAAGUGGAAAUUGAAUCUCUCCAUGCUGUGGAACGGGGCCUCGAAAACUCCCUGCAGGCCAGUGAGCAGCAUUACCAGAUGCAGCUGCAAGACCUGGAGGCCGUGAUCGAAGGACUGGAAAAAGAGCUGCAGGAAGUAAGGCACGGCAUCGAGAAGCAGCUUCAAGAGCAUGAGAUGCUUCUCAACACGAAGAUGAGGCUAGAACAAGAAAUAGCAACGUACCGCCGCCUCCUAGAAAAGGAAGAAAUCAGAUAUUAUGGUUGUAUCCAAGGAGGAAAAAAAGAAAAAAAAACUACAAGUAGAGUUGGUUUUGUUUUACCUUCAGCCAUUAUAAAUGAAAUCUCUUUUUCAACAAAAGUCCCACAAAAGUGUGAGAAUGAAAAGGUGGAAACAGUGACCAAACAGGCAAUAUUAAAUGGAAAUGUCGUGAAGGAGAGCACUGAAGCCCAUGGUACUAUUCAGACAGAGAAAGUGGAUGAAGUUAUUAAAGAAUGGGAAGGUUCCUUCUUUAAAGAUAACCCUCGGUUAAGGAAAAAAUCUGUUUCUCUUCGCUUUGAUCUUCAUUUAGCAGCCACUGAUGAAGGCUGUUUACAGACUAAACAGGAUAACCUACCAGAUAUAGAAGUCAGGCUUAUCAUGAGGAGAUCAUGCAGUAUUCCCUCUAUCAAACCUCCAUCAGCAGCUCAUUAA